UACUCAGCUACGCAGGUGUUACAAAAGGAAACAGUGUGCCAGGUGUGCCCGGUAAGUUGUCUGAUAAGCCGGGAGAUUCUAUACUACAAUGUUGUGGAAACUUGGCAGACAAAUUCCACUCAAUUCCAAUAAUGAUCAUUAUUUACUUGAGUUAAACUUUAAAUCAACCGCCGAUGAAAUAGUUUUGAUAUCGAUUGAAGCAAUCGAAAUACACGAUAACUGUUCAUUUAAAAAAGGUAAACAAAAAAUAUAUCAAGCUAAUCUUGGUCAGAAACCAGACUCUGAUAAUGGAAAACGAAGAAGAAGAUUUGGAUCUCUUCCUGGCGGAGAAUUAUCCUGGUUUGUUUGCCGAGUUACGUCCAAAUGGUUCCUGCCUUAUACAAGGGAAUAUUUGCAAAGAGGGAACCUGUCGUCCCCUUAAGCUCUACUUGCCCCAUUACCCGGUUCUUAAUGACUUCCAGCUGUUUUUGCUGGAGAAAAUGGAGUAUAAGAAGUAUACAUCGGAAAACUUAAAAGUUCAGGAUGAAUGGAUGCUGAAGGACUUGCUGGCCAAUCUUCCGAAAGCUCCUCUCUGCCCAAAGAAACCAGAGCUGCAGGGAAAUGUUUACCAAGAUAUUUUGGCCUUGCACAAGUCCGAGGAGUAUCGCACGCAAAUGGACGAGGAGUGUACUCGUCUUCGUUUCUGCGAAUUUUCCGAUUUCGAGCACCAUUACCUUGAGCUAGAGGUUCCGUCGCUUCGAUUGGUAGAUCACAGUUUGCCUGAAUGCGUUCCACUGGGUGAAAUGUUGACCAAGAGCACAGGAAAUCUGGAGGAGAAACUGAUCCUCUUCCGCAAAUUGCUGGAGGAUCUGCGUCCCUUUUACGAAAACUUCAUGGACAUCGACGAGCUGUGCCACGUGCUGCAACCUUCACCGAUUACCACCAAGCACAACACACGGGUGUUCCCCCUCAAAGAUCGUGUCUACCUGAAGCUGACCAUUGGGGAUCCCUUUGCCUGCAUGGCUUCCAUGGCGCUAAAGAUCAUUGGACCGACGGAAGAGGUGGCCCAACUGCGCCACGUACUUAGCGAUGGCCUGGGCAACUGGGACUCUGAGCUGGACAUACACAAGAACCUGCUGCGCAUCUUUGACCUGUGCUACUUUCCCAUGCCGGACUGGUCUGAAGGCGCCAAAAAGGAUGAAGAAGAGAACGAGGAGCUGCGCUGCAACAUUUGCUUUGUCUAUCGUCUGGAUAGUGGUGAAGUUCCUCUCGUCUCCUGCGACAAUGCCAAGUGUGUGCUCAAGUGCCAUGCCGCCUGUUUGGAGGAGUGGUUCCAAACCCUUAUGGAGGGCAAGACCUUUCUGGAAGUCUCUUUUGGGCAGUGCCCCUUUUGCAAGGCGAAGCUGUCCACCUCCUUUGCGGCCCUUUUGAACGACUGAGAAACAGAAUUCCAUUACAAACCUACAUAAAUAAUAAAACAAUCUUUUUAUGAGUAACUUA